AUGGCUCUGAAUCGUUGUACACAAAACAUCAUCGAGAUUCAACGACUUAUCAAAGAAAACUCGGAUAGUGGGAUGAGUUCGUUGGAGAGUUCACCUUCCGAUGCGGCCACAUCGCGAUUCGCCCGUAAGAAAUGGUCAUCUGCGUUCCGCGUCGUACAAGGUCUCCAUCGAUUCAAACUCCCAAUACACAGAAAACAUAAACAUGCCGAUCCAGCGAAUCAUAGCAACGAGAGCACUCCGAGCAGGGAAACCGACGCUCCCGUCGAUCCCGUUUACUUGGCUCUUAAGCAGGCGACCGGUAAGUACGGUGGACGUAGAGGAUCAUCAGCGAAUAAUUUCGACUCUGCUACCCCCAGUCCGAGGAAUCUGUCGCAAGUUUCAUUGCAGGAUUCGGGAUACGCAGAAAUGAGCUCUGUAAAAACGAAUCCAAUGCUUGGAUCAACGCCACAGCUUGACAAUUCAGGCAGAUCCACUGGCCGAAGACGAGCGCCGAGGUUAACAACGCAAAUGAAAUCCCUUUCGCUGGAUUGUCAAGAUAUGCCGCCGAGAAUAAACUCAGCGAAUCGAAGUCCAAUGAGAUCUAAAUUGGUAGGUGGACAUCUUCGCAGCAAGAAUGGAUCAUCCGAUCUGUCUGAUUGGGAUAGAAGUUGCUCUCCAUGCAAUAUGAACAGUCGACGAGGUAGUGCUGCUGCGACGCUGGCAGGCGGCUACAUAGUCAUUCACGAGUACACCCCCACAAAUGGUGCAGCUCCACUGGUCCUCGGAGAAAGAGUUCACGUUGUGGACAAUGGAGACCCGGAUUGGUUGCAUGGAUUUCGCGCUCAAGACAGAACGGAACGAUUACUUUCUUUCCCAGCAACAUGUGUCGCGCUGGUGCAGCCUGGGGAGCAAGCAAUGAAAAUCCUACAAAAUGUGGCCGUUCCGGAGAUCAAAUUGAGACUUUAUCGGGACCAGGUCGUGUUCGCACAACCUGACUCGCUGCACGACGGAAAGGUGACCGUACGCACAGCCCACAACGCCUUCGCCCCGUGUCCGUUGAGCAGUCUGGCGCUCGUCUGA